AUGACCAGCUCGGGUCCUUCUGCUACUGCGGAAGGGUCGGAUGACCCGGCGCUCGACCUUGCGUUGGCCGACUUCGACCCCGACACCACCCUUGCAUCCUCAUCGCUCAACCCGCCUCGAACCGCCGACACAACCGCACGUCCGCCUCAGGGGACGAAGCGUGCCGCUGCGAACGAUGAGAUCGACUACAGGGAGCAGCAGUUCUACGAGCCAGUCAAGUUUGGCGAGUUUGGCAAGUACAUGCGGAACAAGCGCAAGAAGUUGCAGGUGCAGAACAAGGCGAUGCUCGAGAACGGCGAGGAGAAGCCGCAGAUCUUGCGAGGCUUGCGGGUCUACAUCAACGGCUUCACCGACGGUGUCACCCUCCCCGAACUCAUCGAGCUCCUCGUUCAGCACGGCGGGGAGUACGUUCCGUACCUCGACAAGAAGAGCCUCGUCACGCACAUCGUCGCCUCAAACCUGACUCCAUCGAAGCGGAAAGAGUUCGCCAGCUACAAGGUCGUCAAGCACGACUGGCUCGUCGAGUCUGUCAAGGCGCGAAAGCUGCUCGACUGGCGCGAAUUCUCGCUACUGGCCCCGCCAAAGAGCGCGCCUGCACCCGUAGCGACGACAAGCACGGCAGCUCCCGGCGCCGGCUCGCUCGCAGCCGAGACAGCAGCUCGACUCGGCACGCAGACGGGACAGAUGAGCCUCUUCAGCAUGGGUGUCGGCAAGGGUGGUGACGGGGUUACGCAGACCGGGCGCGGGCGUGACAAGGAUUCAGAUGCGGUGAUCAAGCCGCGGACGGAAACGAUCGAGACGCUCUCUGAGCGAGGAGCGCGACUGGCGAAGGAGGCGCUGAAAGCGCAAUCUGCUUCCGCCGCCAACCCCUUCUUUCGCCCACGCUCUACCGUCAACGUUGACGAUGGCGCUCGACCUCCUUCGCGUCCCACGACACCCAAGAAACCGCGCAAAUUCGUCGCGGGUGAAGCGCCGGACAUCUUUCCGCCUCCCGAACGGAUCGCCGCCAAUCUCCCCGCGACGACCGAUUCACCUGGCAAGCCCAACGCGAUCACGCACUCGUGGCUUCCGCAAACCGAGCGGUCGGAGCGUACCAACGCCCUCCUGCAAGACGCCGACUGGCUAUCGAAGCACACGGCGUCCUCGGCCGACUUUCUUGAAGGCUACUUCGCCCAGUCGCGUCUCCACUGGAUCAGUACCUUCAAGGAGGAGCUCAAGGUCAUCAUGGCGGGCAAGCAGCAAAGCGUCGUGCGGCCAGCGAGGAAGAAGAAGUUGACGGGUCGAGCGUCAGACGGCAGGACGAUCUUCCACGUCGACUUUGACUGCUUCUUCGUCAGCGCUGGCUUGACGACGCGGCCUGAGCUGCGCGGCAAGCCUGUCGCCGUCUGUCAUGCGAAGGGCGACGCGGACGCCGCAAGCAGUACGAGCGAAAUCGCGUCGUGCUCGUACGAGGCGCGCAGCUGCGGCGUCAAGAAUGGCAUGAGUCUCGGCCGCGCACGCGAACUCUGCCCCGACAUCCAGACGAUGCCUUUCGAGUUCGACCUCUACCGAAGCAUCACCCUCGCAUUCUACGACAUCUUGCUUGCGCACGCCUCCUACCUCCAGAUCGUCUCGAUGGACGAGUGCCUGAUGGAAGUCGACGUACCGCCAACCGUCUUUCGUGAUCAAGACCCCGCCAUGGAUCUCGCUCGCAAGCUCCGCGCCGACAUCCUCGAUGCGACCGGCUGUCAAGCUUCCAUCGGCAUCUCGCACAACAUCUUGCUUGCACGGCUCGCCAUGCGCAAGGCAAAGCCUGCCUCGGCUUUUCACCUCUUCCCCGAGGACGUCGACGAGUUUCUGCUCCCUCUCGACGUCGACUCUCUCCCCGGCAUCGGUUGGAGUCUGCGGGACAAGCUGAAGAAGGAACUCAACGUCGAAACGGUGGGCGACCUUCGUCGCGUCCCGCCAUACAAGCUCGCCCGGACGAUUGGCCCCGAGAACGGCAAGAAGUUCGCCGCUUUUGCGCAGGGCGUCGAUGACCGCGAACUCGAGGUCGGCAAGCCUCGUCAAUCAGUCUCCACGGAGGUCAACUACGGCAUCCGUUUUCCUCCAGGGCGGAACGACCUUGUCGAGCAAUUCAUGCGCAACCUCGGCGCCGAGACCGCCAAACGCCUUCGUGCCCAAGGCUUGCAGGCGCGGCAGCUCACGCUCAAAGUCAUGACCCGCCAUCCGGACGCGCCCAUCGAUACGCCCAAGUUCCUCGGUCACGGGUACUGCAACACCGAGAACAAGGUGUCGACGAUCACUGGCAAGAGCGGCGGAGCGACGGACGACUCGGACGUUGUCGGCGAGACGGCAUGGAAGCUUAUGCGCUCGAUGCAAGCUCCCGCUCACGAGCUUCGCGGCAUCGGCAUCCAGCUCUCGAAACUCGAGAAGGACGGCAUUCCGGUCGACGUCGUCCGCGAGAAGGGCCAGUCGACGUUGUCGUUUCAGCCGUCAAUCAAGAAGCCGUCCGCUCCCGCAGUGUUGCCGCCAAACUCGCCUCGACAGCCAGCCGUCGAUGAGGCCAUUCCUCCACAGCUCGCUGCCGUUACGAUAUCCUCGAGCCCGAAGGAGACGGCCAGGCCGGCGUCGGGACUUCGCCGUCGUGAGGAAUCGCAAGCUGCUCCCGCGCUGCGAAAGGAGCCUUCGACAAUCAUUCUCGACUCGGACUCGGACACAGAGGAGAUCGCUUCUCGCGCACCUCCACCACCACCUCCGGCUCGACUGUCGACAGGGCCUCUGCGUCAGCGAACUCGACGCACUCGGACACCCGACCCAUACAUCCCGUCCAUGUUCAGACCGACGAAAAAGGCCGUCGCUCCUCCGCCUCCUACGGCGUCGCAAGUCACGGACGCCGAGCUGAGCUACUACGGCAUCGACCCGGAGACGUACCGAACGCUCGACCGCGAUUUGCGCGUCGAGGUCCUCCGGGACGCGCGCCGCUCGAAGCCGCCUCCGACCAAGGAGAAGUUGGAAGGGUUCGCAAGGAAGGAGACGACCCCUCCGAUGGGCGCGAAAGGGCCACCUGUCGACGAACUACCGGCCCCGAAAGCGCCUCCGGCCGUCAUCGUCCUGCCGCCUUCGCCCUCCGAAUUGACCGACUCGCAGAUCGCGGCGAUGCAGUACGACCCCAGCAUGUUCCGCGCGCUCGGCAAGUCGACUCAGCUCGAGCAGAUCGAGGUCCACAAGGCUCGGCAGAAGCGACUCGUCGUCGGCGACAGACCUAAGCGCGAGUCGAUUGAUGCGAGCGGGCCACGACUGCGUGCGCCGGUCAAGGAUGUAGCCGUCCGAAUUCCGCCUCGCUUCCAGGGCAAGGUCGAGCUCUCCGACGUGCUCGACAGGGUCGAGAACUGGGUGCAGCUCGCCAAGUCGGACGGGCCAGACAACGACGACCUCGACGCCCUCGGCCGCUACGUCGAGAAGUGCGCUUCGCGCGACAAGGGCCACGACCUUAAGAAGGCCACGGACGUGCUCAGGUGGUGGGGUUGCGUGCUGGAGCAGGAGUUUGGACAGCGAGGGGCGGAGGACGUCGGCACAACGGCCUCUCACUGGUGGGAGGGACUCGAGCAAGUGCAGGAGAGGCUCGAAUGGCUCGUCUUGAAGGAAUCGGGAUCUCGCCUCCGCUUCUAG